GCUGGUUGAAAAACGGUCAAACGGAACUCGAAUCCUGUCGCCAGUCUCUGCCACCAUCUCUGCCAAAUACGGAAUAUUCGCGUCCCUAAAAAAAGUUAAUUUAUAUAUAUAAAAAAAAAAAAAAAUUUAAAAAAGAAAACAUUAAGCCAAUACAUUUGGGUGAAUAUUUUUUUGAAUUUUUUCUGUGCAGUGAAACUGUUCUUUUCGCGUACCGAUCGCAAAUGUCGUUGAGGAAUUUUUAAUACCCAAAUGCGAUUCACGGCGAAACGGUUAUUUCGGAAUUUUCAACUCGCCAAGUCCGAUCGGAAUGGCAAAAUGCUGAUCCACUUGCUGGUCGUCGUUUCGCUCCUGGAAGCAAUUGGCGCCUUUCAGCCGGAGUUCGUGGAGAGCAUUUCCAACGUGUCCGUGGCCGUCGGACGCGAUGCAACCUUCACGUGUCACGUCCGACACUUGGGCGGCUAUCGGGUGGGAUGGCUUAAGGCCGACACCAAGGCUAUACAGGCCAUUCACGAGAACGUGAUCACGCACAACCCCCGUGUCACUGUCAGUCAUUUGGACCAGAACACGUGGAAUCUACACAUCAAAGCGGUAUCCGAGGAAGAUCGCGGUGGUUAUAUGUGCCAACUUAAUACAGAUCCGAUGAAAAGCCAGAUUGGCUUCCUGGAUGUCGUGAUUCCGCCGGAUUUCAUCAGCGAGGACACCUCCUCGGAUGUUAUUGUGCCGGAGGGCAGUUCCGUGCGAUUGACAUGUCGGGCCCGCGGCUAUCCAGAACCGAUUGUCACCUGGCGGCGCGAAGACGGUAACGAGAUUGUCCUGAAGGACAAUGUGGGCACCAAGACCCUGGCCCCCUCAUUUCGCGGCGAGGUGCUGAAGCUGUCAAAGAUCUCGAGGAACGAGAUGGGCUCCUAUCUGUGCAUUGCCUCCAAUGGAGUGCCUCCGUCGGUUUCAAAGCGCAUCUCCCUCAGCAUACACUUUCAUCCGGUCAUCCAAGUGCCGAAUCAAUUAGUCGGCGCACCACUUGGCACUGAUGUCCAAAUUGAGUGUCACGUCGAGGCCUCGCCCAAAUCAAUUAACUACUGGAUUAAGGACACGGGAGAGAUGAUCGUGACAUCGGGCAAGUAUCAUGUCCAGGAGAGUUCGCAGUCCAUGUACGAGACCAAAAUGUCGAUGAUAGUCAGGAAGUUCCAGAAGGACGAUGUCGGAUCCUAUCGCUGCAUAGCCAAAAACUCACUGGGUGAAGUCGACAGCAGUAUCCGCUUAUACGAAAUCCCCGGACCGAAUCGUAAUAAAAAUCCGCUGAACGGCAGCGGAAAAGGUGGCGGGGGAGCGGGCGGUAGCCUGGAUGCGGAUGCCAAUGACAUUUUGAAGCAGAAACAACAAGUCAAAGUCACCUACCAGCCGGAGGAUGAGGAGCUGCAGUACGGAUCCGCCGAGGAUUUCGAUGCGGAAGGUGGCGAAGGCGGUGGCCUGACACCGUUAUCGCCGCACGUUUACUACACCAGCGGCAAUAAACCGGCCACACAUAAGCCGGGAAACUCCGGCGGCAAUCAGCAUCAGCAUCAACAUCAGCAGCACCACCAUCACCACCACCACAACCAGCAACACGGUGGGGCAAGUGGCGGUGGUGGUCCAGUGGGUGGCAUUGGGCUGGGGUUACCUGGUGGCGAAAUGGGCGGCAUCACCCGCAAGCCCCCGCCAUAUUACGGUGGCAAUACGGAAGUGCGCGUUCCCAUCGACAAUAACGAAAUGAGCUCCGGCUCCGGCGAUUCACGACUGCGUCGGGGUCACCAUUUGGCCGUUCUUCUACCUAUUCUCGUCCUGCUCAUUCUGCCCAGGAGUUGGCACUGUCGACAGUCGUUCUUAAUGGGCUUGUCGUCCGUGUCCGGCCUUCUGCUCAGCCUCUUAUAAUACACAGUCUAAUGGACUCACCAGCACAUUCAGCCACAGAAGCAACAGACUCAACAAUACACGGAUGCAACGAAGGAAAAUAAGGUCUAUAUAUGAUCCGACUACAACAAGACAUUCAUCAGGCAAUACCUACUAUCAAGUAAGAAGUAUGUUGUAGUGUCUAAUACCCAGUCUAAGGAUAUCAAAAAUAAUUUCACCAACACACAUUUUCCACCAAAUAACACAAGUGUUUGAGUGAAUGUAAAGCAGCCCCAGGGACAGUCUAAAUAGCUACAGCAACAAAACACAACCUUAUAGGUCUUUAAUGCAAAACUUUAAUUAAAUACUAAAAAACACAAUAACUAACAGUCUGUAAAACAUAAAUUCUCAACCAAAAAACACAAACGUUUCAAGUGUAAAAGUCGAAGGGACUAAAUAUUUAACAACAUGCUCACCAAACAACACCAGCAAUCCCCAAAAAGUGUUUAAGUGUGUAAAUGUCCAAGGACUUAGCAUUCGGAGCAAACAUUCAACAACAAUUUCACCAACAAUCUCUUUAACCAUUAAGAGACUUAAACAUAUAAAACACACAUGUUGUAGUAGCAAAUGUUAAAUUGUUUAUAACAUAAGUGAAAAACAAAAAACAGGGAUGGUGUUUCGAGGCAUCCAUAAUUAGUGAAUGUAUUUAACGCAAGAAUUUUUAGUGUUACUGAAACAUUUUUAAGGGGGUUGCACAGUUAAGUAAUCACAGCUAAUCUAAGGUUAAGCGGUACCCAAAAGCAUUUACAGUGAAUCGAGCACUGAAAAACAAAAAUCAGUUCCCGAUUGGGACAAAAAUCUCGUUUUUUUUUAAUAUAGCAUAAAUAGGAAAGGGAUUCGAAGAGUUUGAGGACAACCGAUGUGGCCAAUGAAGGAACAACAUUUUAUAUUUGGUACUUUGAAGUCUACAUCUUCCUUCAUGCUAUUUGUUAUAAUCAACCCUUGCAGGAUACUUUUUGUUGAUUUUCUCAUUUAGAUUUUUGGCGGCUAACACACCUUUUUUGUCCAAUUUCCGAUUUCCCAAACCGAUUUACAAAACUUUCGAAAGGUCAAUUAAUAUAAAACAGAAACAUAAAAACAAAGGGAAACUUUUUUGAUUUGUUGAAAAAAUGCUUUAUUUGACUUUUUGUUUCUUAUUCGUAAUUUGGGCUACUUUUGACUGAGUUUUGUUCAUUUGUUCAACUUUGAUUGACACUUGUGAGAGAUCCUGUGGAAAAAGGGAGUGGGUUUAUGAUAAAUAGACUUCGAGACCUUUUUAUAAUUUAUUUCUUUGUCAGCAGAUUUGUUAAUUGUGUUGCUGUGCUGUACUCUUAAAUAUAAUUAAAUUUCUUAUUUUCAUGCAAAUGAUUUGCACACAAGCUGUGAUGCUCUCUCAGUCUUUGCCUCUUAACCCGUUCAUAUGCUGCUUUUAACCCUUGUUUUGCCAACUAUUUCUUGGUUUUUGCCAAAACUUUUUGUUUUAUUUUUGAAGUCUUUGCAGCGGAGUGUUUUUUAUUUAUUUAUUUUUUUUUUGUGGCAACGUCUUGUCUUUGCAGCUGCGUGUGUGUAUAUUUGUGUAUGUAUAUGAGUGCGUUAGUUUUUUUUUUUUUUUUUUUGGAAAUGUGUGUGUGGCAGCUGUGGGGCAGAAGUUGUGGACAAAGAAAACUCUCGGCUCCCAUCUGCGUUGCAUUUGCUUUUGAUGAAUUACUUGCAUGUCAGUUAACCACACACACACAAACACAUACAUAUAUCACACCCAGCCACACACACAGCUACGUUUUUAAUGAAAUGAAAACUUUUUGGCAAAGUGAAUUUCAUUGUAAGCAGCAACCCCCAAACCCCUUUGGAAAAACCCAAAACAAUCCUCUGCCAGAACUUAAAACUAAAAUAAAAAAAAACCAAGACAGCUACAAAUAUACAAAACCGCCAAAAGCUGCCACUGAUGAUGAUAAUAAGACGCUGACAACCGCAGCAACAGCAACAUGAACACAGCAGCAACAUCAGCAGCAAAAGGCAGUAGCAGCAACCCAAAGAAACAUGUCACCAACAGGGGCUUUAGUGGGUUAAGUAGGGGCCGAAAGAGGGCCAAAAUGUGGGGGUGUUUUAGCCACGUUGACACAAGUGUUUCAAAUUACAUAGACCCCUUGAAGAAAAGGAAGCCAAGCAGCAACGACGUACUACGUCGAGAACUAGUCAACCGGCAGCAACACUUUUACUGAUGUUGCAAGUUGCUGCUAUGCAAGUUGAUGUUGCUGCUGCUGUUGGUGUUGCUACUCUGCAGUUGCUACUGGCAUUGUCCAUUGAUGAUGUUGUUGCUGUUCGUGUUAAUGUUGAUGUUUCUUGUUUGGCAGUCACCUCAUGUUGCUACAAGAAAAGCUCUGCUAAACAUUUACAUUUUCUCUGGUGUGUUUUAAAGAUUUCUGCCUUAAAAGAAUUACUAACUGGGAAAAGUUAUUUAUUUAUGCACAGCUCUUAAACUCUAGCUAAACAUAUAGGAAAUGAAAUAUAUGAAAAAGAGUUACAAGCAUUUCGAAAUUCCUGCUCCAAUUCGGUGGGGUUAUUUCCAUUAUUAUUGCAGUUUUUGGCAGUUGAGCUAAUUCUAAGGGAGAUGUUGCUGCGGGGAUGUUGCUGCUGGUCAUAUCACUUUUGUUGUUGCUGCUGCAGCAGCUUCUUUUGUUAGUACCAUUACCACUACUGCUUUCACAUUCGCUGCCUUUAAAAUCGCACAUCCUCUGUUGUCCUUUGUUGUAUUGCGUAAAUAGCACAACAAAUAUAAAUACACAGCAGUAAUAAUGCCAGACAAACAUGCACAAAAUGAGAAUUACAGACGGAAAAAUUCGUAUUGAUUAUCAUUAAUUUGAAUAUCCCCUUAAUGUGAUCAAAAAUAAAACAAAAAUGUAUUAUUUUAAUGGUUUUAAUAGUUGAUUAUAAGGUUAAUAAUGAGAAAGUUAUAUUAGUAGUUAGUUAACAUCUCUAUUUUGUUUUUAUUUUUUUUGCGAGUGUACAUGUGCAUUUUGCUGAUUAUGAUUGUUAUGGAGCCGCAGUUUGAGUUGUUUUUUGGGGCUUUCCGCGACACUUGUAAUCAAGUUUUCCCGCACACAAUGGUGUGUCUGCCUGUGCGCGUGUUCUCUGCCGUCUCUGUCUAUCCUCGUGUUGCCUACUUUUGCGUGGCGGGGAGAAGCGCUUAAUUGCUCUACUUGAUGCCGUCAAAUUGUAUUUUAAUUUCGCAUUUCCCUUUUUAUCAUUCCUUACUGUGACCGCUGUCUUUAAGUUGCUAUUGUUAUGGUGAUGGGAAACGCAAGUUGAAAGUGGUCCCUAGACCUUAAAUUCUUUUUGUUGGAAGAAAAUAUUGUAUUAUAUCAAUUAUUAGUUUUGGGUAUUUUUAAAUUAUUUCAGAAGGAAAUGUUAAACUUUUUUUACUUUUAGUUUUGACUGUAAGCUUUUAUACUUUAUGGAUUUUCACAUUUCAUGCUAUUUUUAAAGCAACAGUAAAGCCAUUGUAAUAAAAUCUUUAAUCUACUUACCUGAAACUUAAUAGGGAAACAUAUUUAAUACUUUCCUUAAGAAAAUUUCUUGGUCAUCCCGGACCUGAGUUAUAUGCCGGCUCAUCUUAAUCUUCAUCAUAUUUUUGAGGGCCAUUCUUUUUGGCGUACUUUUUUCCAACCGCCUUUGUUUUACUGCGGUUUAUUGUGUUAUGCAGUGUGGCGAACUUGUAUCUAUUUAAAUUUUGUGUGUGGCAACAUGUUUAUUUUAUAACCCCAAGGCAAGAGGAAAAUGCAGGGGGAGUUUUGGGAGUUUGCUUCAUGUUUGACGGAAGUUUAAUUGAAUACACCGCUUACUUGACGGUGGACGGGGCUGCAGGCUGUGUGGCAAGGCAUGGGGGUUUUGGUGGAAAAUGUAUUUGUGUGCGUGUGUUGGCCGCAAAACAUUUUCCGCAUUUUCCGGGGAAAAGGCGGGACAGCAGCUCGCUAAAACAAAUGGCAAUCAAGUUGAAUUGUUACACACAUAUAAAUGGUAGGGCAAAGAGGGGUUUCAGAGAAAAAGGCGCGGGGGCGUGGAUAAUACGUAGGGGAAAAUGAGAGGAAAAUAUAUAGGGAAAAUAUGGGCAAAAUAAGUGCGGAGUCUGUACGCCGCUGGCUGAAAUUUACUCAACUUUUUUGAUUUAAUAACGAAAUGAGUGUCGGCUUGAAUAUUCCUAUUGUAUGACACUAAGUGUGUGAGUGUGUGCGUGUAUGCAGUCUGGUAUCCUGGUAAAUGGCUUCGCUUUGUAAUGUCUCAAUGGCUGACAAGCGGCUGUCGAGCAACAGCUGGCUAAAUAAGUGAAACACUGCUAAAAACACUUCUAAAAAUCGUUGUUAAAAUUCCUAAACUAAUAUUUUAAUAGGCUGUUUAAGUUUAUGCAAAUUCCCAAUAUUUUUCCCAAUAUCUAAGAAAAAUACAGUUCUGAACAUUUUUUUAUUUUAUUUAUUUCAUAAGUUCUGAAUAUUUUCUUAACCAUUUUAUUUAUUUAUUUACUUGCUUUUGUCAACUAGAUUUCUAUCCCGUUUUUCUCGCUGUGCUUUGACCAGAGCAAAUAACCCAGCUUGAACAAAAUUUUUGGCUUGCAGCCGUAUCUUUUCAUCAGUUGAUGAUGACUGCCGGGCGGCCGAGCGAGAAAUAAAAUUAAACAAAUACGAGAUAACAAGCCACUCCAGCAGCAGAAAUUCAAUUACAGCUGCUUCAGGUUGCCAGUUUCUGGUUGCAAGUUGCAUGUUGCUCGUGUGUGUGAGCAUCACUCGAUGGACACACAAAACGAAGGAUUCAGUUCUUAGUAGUCAGUACUUGGUACUCAGUCAGUACUCUGUAUUUUGGGUACUCAGACCUCAGGACACUUGACACUGGGCCCCUCUGGCCACAAACUCGAAUUGAUUUAAUUGAAAUUUUAUUCGAGUCCUGCCUGGCCCCAUUGUGCAACAGUUGUCUAGCAGCAGGAUCCUUUGUGCAUUUGUUGCAUUUUAAUUAAGAGCUGCUUUGUACUGCCGCUGUAACAAUAAAACCAAAUCUAGCCACAACAUCUAAGCAACCCCCUACACACAUAUUCAUAUACCAUAUAUGGACAGUUGUGUUCAAAAUAAUAGAUAAGCCUUAAAGAUAACAAAAUAAUACUAAACUGGUUUGAUCAGUUGAAGAUGAUUUUAGAAAAAUCAUUAAAAACUUAUUUAAUUUUAACUUUGGUUCCAUAUAACAUGUUUUCAAAACAUAAUCUCAUUAAAAACAAACCAACAUUUUUUAUUUGAUCGUUUAAAAUCACGAUCAGACUUCUAUUAUUUUGAGCACAACUGCAUAUAAGCAGUUUGUUUGGUUCGUGUAUAAAGCAAAAUAAGUAAAUGCUAAACUCAUAAUGGAAAUUUGUAAAAAGGGUCAUAUAUAGAAAUGAAAAAAAUCAUAGUUAUACAAAUGGACUCUAGAAGAAUCAGAGCCAUUAAAGGUUGUUCAUAUGCUAAGCGGGAUAUAUCUCUCUAUAUGGUACUGUACUUAUAUCAAAAGAAAAAUCGAAAUACACAAUAAUAUUAUGUGCCAUUAUUAGCAGACCUAAAUGCUGAACGAAAAUAAAUAAGAUAAACUAGAGGAAAUGUUAUAGAAUCCUUGAAUCCUUCGACUUUUCACAUUCUGUAUAUAGUUUUGUUGUGGCUAAAAUCCAUUUAAAUGUGUAAUAAAUUAGGUUCUCAUUGCGUUGCUUUUAUAUUACUACUACUUUAAGUAUAGGAAAUGUAUAUAAGACAGCUCAUUAAGAAAAGUUAAAGCUAAAUAAAAUGUAUAUAGCCAA